GGCUGAUCUAGGCUGCAAUGCAUGUGUGAGGAGUCCCUCGGUGUCGCCCCGUUCUUGGGACCAGCCUCCCAUGUGUCGAAAUGGGUCUUCACGAUGGAUGAGCUGCGGGGGAGGAGGGCUGCCGCCAACCAAGAUGCCUGCGGGAGGACAAACGAGGCCAUCGACCACGGUGAGUGUGAGCAGCCGACUGGCGCGCCAUGCAGUAAUGAAUGUGUGGCUUUCGCAUUCAUCUUGCAGAGUGCGUGCGUGUGGUUCAUGUUGAUGUAGACGACGUUCUUCGGACACGAGCUUGAGGUGCCAUGAAUCUUUUGGACGCCUUCCGCCUGUUUGUGAGCACCAGAACUCGGCGGCCGCUCCGGUUCGGGCUGGCGCUGGUUUUGACUGUCAUCCAGCCGCUGAUUGAGCGGGUGAUUCGCGCCUUGUUCCGUGGCGACGCCGUCGAGGACAAAGGUGACCCGACUUCCCAUCUGCGGUGCAGACCAACCAUCGGCAGCCGAGAUGCAGCCACUGCAGCCGACAGCCAGACGCUCGUGUCCGUGUGCUCGUACAAUGUUUUGGCGCCAAGUUAUGUGAAGGAGGCGCACCAGCCGUUUGCCUAUGUGGACUUCCCCUGGUGUGCAGCCAAAGCGAUGAGUCCACAAAGGAGAUUCGGCCGCGUGCUGGCAGGUGCGGAUGACUGAGUGAAUGAAUGGAUGAGUGAAUGCUCUGUUGCUGUCUGCUGGCUGGCUGCGUGUGCACGUAGAGGUCAAGUCGCUCGGCGCAGACGUGGUUGGCUUUCAGGAGGUCCAGCGGGAGGUGCUCGACAGGCACCUCCAGUCGACACUCAAAGAAAUGGUGACGGACAACGCUCCCCUGCCCCCUGUUUCGCCACGCGCUGUGAUGGUGUGUUUAGGGAUACGGCGAUCUAUUCUUCGAAUCCAAGACACUGGGCUAUGGCCAUCAGUGCAAGGAAGGUCUCUUGACGGCCGUGAGGUCCGACCGCUUCACCGUCGAGCACAAGGCGACGGUCGACCUGGAUGAGCGGGUGAAGAAGGUGGCAAGGCGACUGGCCGGCACUCGUGUGAGCGAGGAUGACAUCGAGGCCCUCGGGCUGCCCGGCGGCAAUGUGGGGCAGGUGCUGAUGCUGAGGUGCAGAAGGUCCGGGCGGCUGCUGCUCUUCGCGAACGUACAUAUCCACUACUACUGGCUGAGGCCCGACCGGCAGUGUCUGCAGAUCUCAGCUAUGGUGGGGGCGAUUGCCGAGUGCGCGACACAGUGGGGAGUCGACCUGAAGGAGACUCCCCUGUGCUUCGUUGGCGACUUCAACACCGUCCCACAGAUUGGCUCGCGGGCUAAUCCAGGGUUAGCACGAAGUAAGGAAAACGAAACGCCUUUUCUGCAAUCGUGGUUUCUGUCAGGUAUUCGAUUCUCUCUCGAGGCUGCAUCGACUGGAAGCACGACAGCACACGCCUGCUGGGAAGCACGCCUCUGUUCCAGUUGCUGACAAAUCAUGCCGGGAUGAGCUGUGAGGAGGUGGCCGAUAUGAUGAAGCCGUCGCAGGGCAUGGGCCUGACGUCGGUGUAUGCAAACCUGAUGGGCCGAGAGCCGACCUUCACCAAUCACACGGUCGGCCAAAUCCACAGAGACACCCAAACCGGAAGGAGCGGAGCCUCUUUGUGAGUGUGAUGCAUGUGUGUGGUGUCUGUCAUGUCAGGGCCCAUUGUUUGCUGACUGUCUCGACUACAUCUGGGUGUCUGGCGGGUUGCGGCCGAUCAGCUGUUUGGGCAUGCCGCCAAGUGAGCUCAUUGACAGCAGUGUGGCCGUGUGCACAGUGGUGUGCUUCAUGCAUGGGUGAAUGCUGUGUGUGUGGCAGGGUGGGCCGUUUGGCGCUAUGUGGGGGCGCCGAACCUUGAGUUCCCAUCCGACCACUUCUCGCUGAGAGCAGAGCUGGCCUUUGUGUGAGGGAGGAUGUGCGUGGAUAAGACAGGAGAGAGAGACGGUUACGUAGCAGUGAGUGAGUGUCCAGCCGUUCAUUGAUCGUUCGUGUGUGGAGUCUCUGUAUUUUAUGGAGUCUCUGUAUGUUAGUGUGCACACAGCGGGUGGGCGAGUCCAGUGGAGUCAGUCGAGUCAGUCGGUCGCAAAGAAUGAGCCAGGGCCAGAGAGGGAGUCAGCCAGUGAGUGAGGAGUCAGUCCACUUAGUAUUGUGUGUCGUUACCUAUCAUAGCUAUCUACUAUGGACCAGUGUGCAUUAGAGACAGACCAACAAACGAACACUCUAUCAAUCAUCAAACAGUCGACCGGAG